UACUUUUUUUAUUCGCCAUUUUGCGCAGUGAGGAGCGUAUGGAUGGCAACAUUUUAGUUAAAAUGUCACCACGUCUCAAAAUAUCGAGUUAUGUUAUCGAGAGGUUGUCUAAAUUAGACACAAAUGAGAGUAUAGGAUGUCUCUACGGAGUUAUGUACGACGGGAACCUACUCGUAGUCGGGUUGAGUCUGGAGUUAUUUGAACGCGAAAAGAAUACAUAUAAGCAGCUGCUCUUGCACUUGCCCACUGAGAUUGAGUUAUGUGGGGUCAUAAAGUUCGGAGAAACUUUGACGACAGAGACGAGGUUGAAAGAAAUUCUUCAGGAUGUAGACAUAACAGAUAACCCACUGGUGAUUAUUAUAAAUCAAAAUAAGGAUAUCAAAGCACACUUCUUAGUCCAUGAUAAGUUUGAGGAAACCAAGUAUGAAGUGUUGGAUGCAGACGAGUUGUGGAAUCAAUUCCUUCAUGUCCACCUUAACACUGUCGUACCGCUGAGUUGUGAAGCGACUAUUGCUGGCGUUAAGAAUAUAAUGCAGAAUAAAAGGAUAAAGAUUGCAUCAGGUCAAGUUUCCUUCCAUAUAAAUGGCACAUCAGUUUAUUUAUUUGGAGUGGCAUCAGAUGUUGGAUUGACCGGGAUAAGCACAGAUGCUACGGUUGGAGAACUCUUAGACUCAAUGAACCCAGAGCAGCCCAAAAAGAAGAAGCAUAACACAAAUAGUAUAGAUAUUUUACCUGCAAACUUAAUUUUAAAAGCUACUAAGGAUAUACUGUCGGAUAAACUUGUGAAGACUGCUGUAAAGAUGAUGACUACACAACGAAAACCUUCAUUUUGUAUUAGCAUGCCACUGAGAAUUGACACUUUGGCAAUAAUCCACCGGAACACGAAGCUGUUGGAGUUGUACACGGUUCUAGUAGAAGCCGCCUGCCGCUCCCUGAAACUACUAGAAAGUGUCUUACUUGAACAAUUAGGUCAGGAGGGCAUAGGCGACGGCGCGGGCCUACGUUUACCGGAGACCUUCCACUUCAUCCCCGACGAACUAGGCCACUUCGUGACCAGGAUUGUGCCCAAAGACAUACCUGACGAGAGCAUGGAAAAAGAAAGGCGUCUGUUGCACUCGCAGCUAGGUCUGCCAGUGGACCGGCCCAUGUUCCGCAGGGGCAACGCGCACGAGUGGCGGCCGGCGCGGCUGCUGCGCGCGCACGCGGCGCCGGCGGCGCGGCCGGGGACGCGCGCGGCGCGCGUGCGCGGCCGCUGCGGGUACUACCACUACCUGCAGGACGGCUUCCACGACGACGGCUGGGGCUGCGCCUACCGCUCCCUGCAGACCAUAUUCUCCUGGUUCAGAUAUCAAGGAUAUACAACAGUUGAAGUUCCCAGCCACCGGGAAAUCCAACAGUGCCUUGUCGACAUUGGAGAUAAGCCUUCAUCAUUCGUAGGCUCCAAGCAAUGGAUCGGCUCAACAGAAGUCUCCUUCUGUCUGGAGACUCUGCUCGGCGUCCAGUCUAGAAUUAUAUUUGUGAAUACUGGCGCAGAACUGCAAAGCUACACUCCGGAAUUGUUGCACCAUUUCCAGAAACAUGGCAGCCCAAUUAUGAUUGGUGGCGGAGUGCUGGCGCACACGAUAGUGGGCGUGGAGCUGGACGCCGAGGGCCGCGAGGCGCGCUACCUGGUGCUGGACCCGCACUACGCGGGCGCGGACGAGCCGGCCGCCGUGCUGGCGCGGGGCGGCUGCGGCUGGAAGGGGGCCGACUUCUGGAACAAGACCGCGCACUACAACUUGUGCCUGCCGCAGACGAGACCCGCCGUGUGAUUCUGUUUUUGACUCGCGACGCAAAAAACUGGUGUUAUAACUUGACGCCGAUGUCUGUCAGGAUAGACAUCUGUAGCAUCGUAGCUCUCGAACGGAUGCACCGAUUUCGAUGCGUUUUUUUUACGAGAACCGGCAGUUUGAAGAGUAUCAAUAGAACUCAUUUCCAAAAUGAUGUAAGGCAUUUUUGGCAUAAAAUGGUUUAAAAUCUUAUGAUUAGCGUAGGGGGUUUAUAAUUUUUUAAUUUAAUAGUUGUAUAAGUAACUUCAUCUCAGAAUUUAGUUAAAUGGAUGUAUUAAAAUGCCGUGAUUCAGUAUUUCGGGUGAUGAUAUUAUUCCUUACAAAAUGAAUUGGCCGAAUAACGGAACCACGUGUUUUUUUUUUUUGUUUUGGAUUAAACUAUAAUUUGUUUCGGUGUUUCUUACUUUCUUAAUUGUUAGCUUGCGAUGCAGGCAGUAAAAACGAGAUGUCCUCUCGGGUAUCCGGAUAUUCCGGAUAGUCACGUUUUAGUAUCAACUUUGUUUUGUAAAAAAAAAACGUUUAUGCGUAUAAUUUUUGCAUCUAAGGAAGGAAUUCUAUUUUUUAUUGCCAUUGAUCGAUAGAGCUUAUAAUUUUGAUGAUGAGAAAACACCAAAGAAAAUUAGUUUUCAGACAAAAAAAAAACGCCUUGUAGAAAAUGGAUAUCGCCCGUAUCUCUCCGGUACAAAUCUCUCCUCUUUUUAUUCAAUAAACUUAAAAUGUCUCUGAUAGUUAAAGUAGAAGUACUAGUGCUCGACGCUGCACUAGUCACCGACAUGGGCACUUUAUUUCAUGGAAAUAUAGGUCAAAUUUGAACAACGAAGAUUAUUCUGUAUUCGAACUUAAUCCUUGUCUUUUCGACAUAAAGUGGCCAUGUCGAGUACUAGUGCAGCGUCGAGCACUAGUACUUCUACCUUACAAUAUAUUUUGUCCUUUUGUAACAAACAAAUAUGUCAAGAUUACCUGUGCCAUCAAAUGAUGGUCCCUAUAUACAGUUCAUUUUAAUAUGGAGCAGUUGUCACGUUAAAUGUUUGUAGACAUUUAUUGGAAGUUUAGCAGGCUAGUUAGAGAAGCACACUUACAAAAAUACGAUAAAACGUUAUUAAUUAUUAUUUAAUGAAGUCUUAUCAAAAGAGACUUCAGAAGGAACUGUCAUAGAGAAUAUAAUUUUGUCAAAAACGGCGUUAGUAAGGUAGCAUUUUAAAGUUAUAUAUUUGCAUUACGGGCCCUCAUGCAUAUUAUUUUGAAUGAAUGCUAUACGGGUGCUGUUUUAGGGUGCAACUGAACAUAAUAUUGAUGUGUUAUUAUGACGUAACACUGAGCUGUGAUAUCGGCACGUUUGCCUUGCGAUUCCACUUGAUUGCAUUUUAAUGUAUUCUUAUAUUUUAACAUAAGUUCGUAUACAUUUUCAGCCAUGGUUUUAUUCGGAAUAAUAGAAAGGUUAAGGUUUCAUUAUUUGUAAAGAAUUAGGAUGAGUCUUCAACCAAUAGAUACAAUUUAUUCAAGAUGCCAUCUUGUUAAAACUUAAUUGGGAAAUAGGCGAAAGCUUGUCCCUGCACUAGGUACACUUGACGUCAAAAAUGUUCGCGUUUUUCGCCUUGUUACAAAGGAGUAAGUGCAAAAGUGUACAAUCAAGACCAGAUAGUAGUAGAUGAGAUAGUGACGGCCAAAGUGGUCAAAUAUCACCUUUCACCUUUGUGACUCGCCUUUGGUACAGUAACGGACUUUAAUUGUUGAGCCAUUUAGGGUUUACUGUAAUGUAAUGGUUAAUGGUCAAUUGCAUUAACGUUUCGGCCAACAAUUUGUUUUUGUUGGUACUGACAAUGACAGCCAAAUGAGCCUGAACCCAAAAUGACCCAAUAAUUAAAAUCCGUGACUACCUUCGGAAUAAGGAUGUGUACCGAUAUAUUACCUUACUCUAUUUAACCUUUUGAACGCCGCUUAGGAUGUCAUCGGACGUGCCCGUGUCGCCGCCUAUACUAAGUAAUAACAAACUGUGUAGUGCUUGCCACAUAACUUACGAUAAAAUAUUUUAUUGUUUAUAGUUUACAGUGAUUAACUUCAUUUUUUCCACCUUAUCAUUAAAAAAAAAAUUAUAAUAAUUAAAUCACGUUUACCAAUGUCUUUUUUAUGGUUUCGUCCCUUUAUUAAUUGAUUGAAUCUGUGAAUUUUACCAGCUAUGCAAAUUUAUUGAUGGACUUUGCUACAUCACUAUUAUUUUUUAUUUCGUAUCUGUGACGUCAUGAGCGGUCUACUAUUUGAGACAUUGGCGAAGGCUUCAUUGUAUUUUCGUUGAUAAGUUGACACUAGUAGGGAGAGGAUUGAUCACAUUAGAAACGUAUCGAAUCUGAAAAUUUCAACGUUGUUUGGCAUAAUAAAUCAUAAAAUUUUACACAGUAACACAAUUCUUUUGAUAAAUAAAUAUUGUAAACUCAAUAUUAUUAUAGUAUUCAAAGUUUUAAAACUACUAAACAGUACCUUCUUAUAUAUUUUGUUGACCUAACAUAACUUUGAAAUAUCGAGUAAUCUACACCACUAAAAUUUUCUAAAUUAUAUCUUUGACGUCACAUGCGGUCUCAUUUUUAAGACGACGGCGUAGUCUGUAUUGAUUAUUAUUGCGGAAUAUAAUAACUUAGUAGGGAUUACCGAUGAACCACGAUAACAGAGUCUCGCCUUAUUUAUCGAUUCAAAUAUCUAUCAUCGAUGAAAAAAACCGACUUCACGAAACCCUGGAAGGUAGGCAACUAGUACAAUUCAAAUAUAUUUAUUUCUAAGUUCAACUUUGAAAACGUCCAAGGACUCAAUAUGUCCAAGUGUCAAAAUGUCCAAGGGUCAAAACAUCCAUGGAAUCAAAAUGUCCAAAGAGUAAAUGGUAAAGUGGAACUGCUUGGAUCGGGAUCACAAUGACAAGGAUUAGGUACUCGAUUAUUUACUGCGAGGCCAUCAUGGCAUGUCGUGUUGCUAGAGUCAAGUUUCUGGACGCUGAACGUGCACCUAGAACUGCAGAAGGAGUCUCUGCAUGGCAAUUGCGUAUGAAGCGAAUGUAUCAACACUUGGUGUGGCUACUUAAGUCAUUGGGUAACUUGAUUCAGUUAAGGACAGAUUCUGGUUACGGCAGAUUAUUUUUAUGACAGAUUCAGUCAUGGAAAAAGUGUCUACCAAAUCUAUCAUGCAUGGAUCUAUAAAAUAUUAUAUGUAUAGACAAUAUAGUAGGUGACGCCAAACCGCAUCAGACCGGUAGGUCAGGAUUAUUGGUAACAAUCAACCAGGGUCGCGUUUUAUAAAUCUUCAGCGGACGACAUUGUAGAAUAAUAGACAACUUACGUCAUAAUUUUAUAAGAACAUAUCGAAGUGAUAAAAUAGGUUAGCUAAGUAAGGUCAGUCGCAUGCAUAAAUCUUACGUCGUAAAUCUAAACAUCGAAUGAGAAAGUCGACGUAGAUAUUUCAAUACCAAUCAUCGUCACAUCACUGGUGUCUUUUAAAUAAGACUUUGGCUACGAGACUUGGGGUAAAAUCAUACAUAAUCUAAUGGUAUAAUUAAAGUUUAUUUUCAACUAGAAAAUAUAAUAAAAUCAACAGAUCAGUCUCACUGUUACUUAAUUAACAAUUACUGCGACUUACUUAUGCAAAGAACCAAAGUAAACUUUAUUAAAGUAAAGAAUGUCUUGAGAAAAACAUGAAAAAAAUUGUCUUAUUUAUCAGACUGCGGCGACACGAGCUGGGUAUUGAUUGUCUGAUAUAUCAGACUACGGCGGUCAAAAGGUUAAAAGAUAAUACUAGAUUUUUUGUUAAGUUUAAGUUGUUAUACUGGGAAUGAGUGAGUUCUCAUCACAAUAGAUACAGCAGGUGUGUUCUACAACAGUUUAUUUUAUUGUCAUGUAUCUUUUAAUUAUAACAAAAAGCGCGUAAGUUAAAUGGAAUUAUUAUAUUUUUUACUAAUUAAAAUUUAAAUUCGA